CACAAAAAGCCGCUUGUUGUUCCUUUUUACUUAUUCCUCUUCCGUCUCCACUCCACUCCAUUUUUGACAACUUGUUUUCCUUAUUUCACUGUUCCAGACAACUUUUAUUAAAUUGCAUUCCUGACAAACGAAACAAUGACCGUUGAAGACAGUGACAUGCAAAAGCUGUGGAGGCUUACAAACGAACUCACUGCUCAGCUGGUGUUCAACAGGAACGCUUCGUUGGAACUUAAGCAGCAGCUUGCUGAUCUUCAGGGAAAGGCCACAGGCUUUACACCCUUACUCGCCAGUCCAUAUUAUGGUGAUUCACAUUACCACAGCGAUUUUAAGCUCAGGGUAGAGAACGAGCGUUUAAGGGAGGAGAAUUCGCAGUUGCAGGAGCAAUUGCGGGAGUAUGAGCGUUGGAUGGAAUACAUCAUGGGUAAAUUUCGACUUCAGAACUUCGCAAUGGCUCAAAGUAGGAAAGAAUCAAUGCAUGAGGCAUAUAAAAUGGCAGAACAAGGAGGUGAAGCAGCAAUGCGACUUCAGGAAGAGAAUGUCAUGUUGCAAUCACGACUAUCUGAUCUGGGGGCAGCAGCACGAAAGGCAAUUCAUGAAGAAUACUAUGCUACAGAAUCACUGAUUGAAUCACUAGAGGCUGAAAACCAAUGCCUGCGUGAAAUGUUGGGCGUGGCAGAAGGGGACAUGGGGGCUGUUCAAGAACGACUGGACUUUUAUCGACGAUCGAGACAAUUUUUUGUUGAUGAAGAUGAUGAAGAUAUGAGAUCUCGUCAUGGCAGAAACCGCGUCUCUUUCCCAAGUACGGGUACAGGAUCCUAUCCAGGAUCUAGUGGAAGUGAGGAGGAAGAGCCACUUCGACCAACUGAUAUGCAACAGCAGCAUCAACAGCGACAACAGCAGCAUCAGCCUUUGUCACCUACGCCAAGCCAUGGAAGCCAAGAGCAAGGGUUUACAUUUAAAAAGCCUUUCCCCUUGUCUGUACAGACAAGCGGGAUGCGUUCUCCUACAACAGCUUCAUCUGCCGGCUCUCCUCGGUCAAUGUCUGCACUAUCAUCUUCAACUGCAUCGCCAAUAUCAUCUCCAUGGUCUGCGUCGACUAGUGGAUCAAACUCGACAUUAACUUCACCAGCAUUAUUGGAUUCAGCGGAACAAUUCAAAUCGAUAUCUCCGCCUCUAGACGACACAAAGAGUUUAACAAAUGAACAAAAGCAAAAGUUUCACCGCGGCAAGAUCACCAUCAAUACCAAAUUAGGGUCACCUAUGGCUAGUAGGAAGGAUUGAGGUUAGAUUAGAUAUUACCAAAAAGAAG